AUGUAUAAUGCUGGCUAUGGCUUCGGCAAUCCGGCGUUUAACCAACCCGGUACGCCCCAGCAGCAACAACAGCAGCAACCGCCUCAACAGCCCGGGCAACCGAAUCCUCAGAUGAUGUACAACCAGCAACAGCAGUUCCCCGGUAUGGGACCGCAGGGUGGCUUCAAUCCAGGUGCGAAUCCCCAGAUGAUGCAGGGCAUGCCGGCUGGUAUGAUGCAGAAUCCGGGGAUGGCUAAUAUCCCUCCUAACGGACAGAUGCCCGGUUAUCCUCAGCAGUUCCCUGGAGGCGGAUACGGCCAGAUGAUGCCUGGUGGAGGCAUGCCUCAAAAUUUCGCACCGAACAACUACAUGAUGGCCGGCGGCAUGCAAGGGUUUCCAAUGAACCAACCGGGCAUGAAUCAGCAACAGCUUCAAAUGAUGCAGAGGAUGCAAGCACAACAAGCAGCUCAACAGGCUGCUCAGCAACAGCAACAGCAACAACAACAACAACAUCAACACCCACAGCAACAGCAGCAGAUGCCGCAACAACAGCCGCAACAUCCUCAACAGGCGCAGCAACCUCCGCAGCAGCAACAGCAACAGCAACCACAAACACAGCCUCAGCAGCAACCGCAACAAUCUCACCAACAACAGAUGAAUGCUGGGAUGAAUCAGGUCUCGACUCCUCAACGGCCCCAAAGCGCGGCUCAAGGCACGCCAACCAACCCGAUGCAACAACAACAGCAGCAACAGUUUUCGACACCCCAGCCUCCGUCUCAAAAUCAAACUCCACAAAACGCUCAGCCGCAGUCCGCCAGCGGAACACCACAGACCCCGACGUUCUCAGUCAACCAUGGCGGUGGCUUAAGUCUACCUACGUCGGCCACGCCAAUGAGCCCGGCUGCUGAGUCUCGAGAGAAAGAGAGGUUCGCCCUGCUCCUGGACAUCAACCACGAAUUGCUGUAUGAGUCGAUACAAAUUCAAACCACACAGACGGAGCUGAAAAAAGAGAACCCCUCUCCGACAGGCAACCCAUCCGAACGAAAACCAACCGAGGAGGAGAAUUUAUUCCAGCAGGACUAUCUUCAAUGCAUGAGACGACUGCAAGCCAAUCUGUCGUACAUGGCCGCUUUGGCGGAUCGAAAACCUGAGGUCAAAGUACCACCAUGCCCGGCAUAUCUCAGCGCUCCUCCCUUGAAUCUGUCGCUAAAACUACGAGCUCAACCUAUUGGAGCCGAAGGGCAAGAUGCCAACAUCGACCCGGUUGCAGAUAGGGCCGAGCGAGACCAAUCAAUCAAGGACUUGUAUCGUCGCCUCCAGGCCGUUUUCCCAGGGUUUGACCCGAAGAAGGAGCCCGUAUUCCGGCCAGGACAAGGGCAAAAGGCUGGUGGCCAGGGGCCAAACCAAGCGAGUCCUACUGUUCCGCAAAAUGCUCAAAUGCCCAACAUGGCAGCUCCUCCUGGUAACCCUGGCAUGGUGGGCUAG